CUUUGUAAAGUGGCCAAAAAUAUUGAAAAUGCCUCAACAACGAGUUAAUAAAAGACAACGAAAACACUUUAAACCUGUUUUUACUAAUGCAAAUGCUCCUGGAUCUUCAGUUUCUUCUUUAUCUCAAGAUGAAACUGAUACUUCAAAUUUACCAACUCUGAAAUUCAAGAAAAACUUAAUUUUUAUCGAAACAAAGCUAUAG